AUGGCAGCAGGGUGGCAGAGCCGAGCGGUGGGCACGGUGCCUAUUACCUCCUCCCAGUACCUCCCAGUGCCUCCCAGUGCAAGCUACCAGUGCCUCCCAAUGCCUCCCAGUGCCUCCUCCCAGUGCCUUCCAGUACCUCCCAGUGCAAGCUACCAGUGCCUCUUCCCAUAAGCUCCCAGUACCUCCCAGUGCCUCCCAGUGCCAGCUCCCAGUACCUCCCAGUACCUCCCAGUACCUCCCAGUGCGAGCUCCCAGUGCCUCCCAGUAUCUCCCAGUAGCUCCCAGUGCCUCCCAGCGGCUUCCAGAGCCUCCCAGUGCCUCCCAGUGCGAGCUCCCAGUGCCUCCCAGUGCGAGCUCCCAGUGCCUCCCAGUACCUCCCAGUGCAUUCCAAUAGCUCCCAGGAGCUCCCAGUACAUCCCAGCAGCUCCCAGUAGGAGCACUCAGCAACUCCCAGUACCUCCCAGCAGCUCCUAG